UCUUGCCGUCAGUUCUUCUCCCCGACCUUUUCUCUCGCGGGCUCGGCUGUUAGGGGGCGGAAGUGACGUUUCGAGCCGGGGUCCCGGAUGUAGUGGCGCAUUCCCUGAGUGCUUUGGUCCACUUUUACAAGAUGAGUACCACCAAUGAUGACGAAGUUAAACCUAAACAAGAACCUGAGAAAAAGAUAUUUUAUUGUGAGAUCUGUAAAGUUCCAUGUAUGAGUUCUAUAAGCCUUCAAUCACACUUCCGUGGAGCAAAACAUAAAAAGAAAGAGAGAGCCAUGAAUUCUUUCCGUGCUCCAGCUCCAGUGGUAUAUGAAACACCGAGACCAGUUAAGAGGAAGCUUACGAAGGACAUAACCUGCUUGAAGGAUUUUAUGAAAGAUCCCAAAAGAGAGGAACCUCUAGUUGGUUUAGAACAUGUGGUUGAAAUCAGAUUUGAAGGGAGGAAAGAGCCACAUUAUGAAUGCAAACUAUGUUACUUUAACACUGAGAUGGCCCCUAUGAUAGAACAUCUCUGUGGCUAUAAACACAGAAGAGCAUAUCUUUCUGACAAAUUUCCAGAAAAAAUGAAGAAAAACGCACAAGAGGACAAAGUCUCAUUUCUCAGACGGGUAGCAAGAGAGAUAGAAAAGACGGAAGGUUUAAAAAAGUAUAAGACUGAAGGUUAUACAAGACCCAGUAUACCUUCAGCCUCAUCAGCAAAGAAAAAAUCAAGAUGGGAAGAUGAUUACAAGUCUGAGAAUGAUCCAGUUCAAAAGCAGAAAGCCUUAGAAUAUUUGGAAACUUUUCGGGUCACCUCAGACAAAGAAGCAACUGUGGUAGUUAGUAUUACACAAGAACUAACAGAAGCUUUGAAGAUCUUUUGUAAAAAGAAAGCAGCUAUUAAUUAUGCCAGCAGCCUGAGGCCACUGAUGUCAAUAUCUCAAGAUGAGUUUUCAUCCGGAAAAAACAUCCAAAACCCAUCUAAGUCUUAUGGAACUUACAAAGGCAAUUCAGGAAAUACUAACCGGAAUCAAGAUUUUUCAUCUCAAAGACUGGAACAGGCACAAUUUACAUCCCAAUUAGAUGCAAACGCUUCUAAUUCAUUCACCACUGCCAGUUCAUACAGUUACCCAAAAGGUGAUGGAUCAUCCUCAUAUGAACUAAGACCAAAUGAUUCUGCAACAGUGGCUCCUCUUAAUAAUGCAUUUGCCCUUCAGACUGGAGGCUUUGCUACUGGAAUCAGUGAAUGGAAGAAGCAAUUCAACCAAUCUGCUUCGGUUAACUCCCAGUCCACUUCAGUUCAAGGCACCUCUCCCUAUUUCACAUAUUCAGGGAGUAGGUAUUCAACAGAAUACAAGUCUAAUAGUGAUCAAGGAAACAAAACUACAGCACCUGAUAACAGAAUGGCUUAUGGUAUUGGAGGUACAAACUGGAAGAGUCCAGGAGCAUUUACAAAUAAAAAGCAUGUACCUGACCAGAGGUCAUCCUAUUCUGCUUCCUCUACAUAUCCUUCAUCUGGAGGAUAUUCAACAAACUAUCCUUUACAAGGCUGUUCAUCUUACUACAGUGGUGGGUCUGCAAAUUCCACUUCUUCAUCAAGAGGUGGUUCUAGUUGGUCAGAAGAAUCGAGACAUCAAAAAUCAAAUUUCAAGCCUGAUUCUACCUCAUUCCGUUCCUCAUCUUCUGUUCACAAUUCAUACAGAGAUUAUCAGCAAAACAGAGAGUCAGAUAAGAUGUUUGAAGAUGCUAGUGCUCUUACUCCCAACGUUCUGCAUAGAUCUCAAGGACAGGAUCUACCUUCAAUGACCAGAAAGCUCAAGCAGCUGACUCCAUAUUAUCCAGCACUUCAAAAAAUCAAUAUUGAAGCAUUAGUCAAAGUGCUAAUUGAAAGUAGAGAAGUAAGAAGAUAAAACAGCUGAAUUGGAACAGAUGAACAGAACACUGAAGAAUUUUCACUUCUGGUUUUUAGGAAACUGAUCAUUUAAGUUCUGGAUGUGUUUUUUGUUUUUUUUUUGUGUGGAGGGGAUAGAGUUUAUGGUUUUAGUACAGUAAAAAUGUAGUUGGAGCACACAUUGUUGUCAUGAAGCUGAAUAUAUUGUUCAAAUACUUUUAUGCAUUUGUUAAAUAUUUUUAAUCGAUUACAUUGAAAACUCUUGGUUUUUGAGGGGCUGGCUAAUAUUAGUUUCCGCUUGCCAAAAAGGUUUGUAUGUUAUGUAUAAUUCAUUUAGAAAGAUUGUUCACUGAAAAUAAGAGUUCCAUUGCAUGAAAAAUACAGAAAUGUGUUACUUCACUUAUAAACCAAUGGUCAAUUCUAAUUUUAGACUGUAUAGAGAGCUAGGAAACUUUUUAGAAGUGGCAAUACUAAUUUUUUUGGGGGGGAGGAUGGACACAAUAAAAUGACACAUUUCUCCUACUGUGGACUCAGAAUGUGUUAUUAAAUAAAAAAAAAUGCAAACAAUUGAUAAUGGAAAAAAAUAACCAAUUUAUUUUUGUAUGGGUAUAGUUAUUCAGUAGGGACUGUGGGGUGUGUUUUUUUUUUUUUUUAAAUCACAGUAGUUAUACCACUACAACCCCAGUAAAUAAUACCCAACCCCGUAAUUUUUUUAUAAAGUGUAAAAGAGCAUACAUAUAUGGAAAUGCAGCCAGAAUUACUUUGUACAGAGUAGUAUUUUCUGUUAGGAGGCUCCACUGCUGACCCAGUCGGUGCUGCUAAAGGAAAAGCUUUCCAACAAUUGAGCAUAUGGCCUGCACAUGCCUGAUUGGAAUCAAUGUUAACAAAUACUCUAAGAACAGUAGUUCUUCAAGUGAUGUCCCCGGGGGUGCUCCACUGUUGGUAUCUGGCCUGUUCUGGUGCUGCAGAUUGGUGUUUUUUAGCAGUAUAUGGUUGGGCUGCACAUUCAUGGUAGGGGACACACGCCAUUCACGCCUUUGCAAUUCAUGUGCGUGACCCUACUCUCCUCAGUUUCUUUGUUACCCUCGGUCACACAUGGAGCUUCAUUCCCUCUCUUCAGUUAUCUAAAGUUAAGAAAUUGAGCUGUAGUUAGUUAUUAAAACUAUUCUCCUGUUCAUAUUAGUUGCUAGUUUAAAAAAAAAUUGUUCUCACUACAUGUAAAUAGUUUUAAAUGCUCCUGAGGGACAGCACACUAUUAGCAUAGGCCCGGCGGGAGCCCUUUUGGGCCUCUAAUUUCUUCAGAGGGGAAAAAAAGAUAUAAGCACUGAAAGAGCCAGCAGUGGUAACAAACGCCAAGACAAAGACCGUAACCCUACCUGCCCCCCAUGCAAAGUCGAGCAGUAAGCUAUUUUUUUUUUUUAAAGGAACAAGAGACAAAAUACCCAGCUCCCCUGGAUUUAAGAAAUGCAACAAAUGUCUUGACCCUAUGCCUGCCUCAGAUGGACAUGAGUCUUGCAUCCAAUGCCUGGUUGAGGCGCACAUUCCUCAGAAAUGUGUGCACUGUUGUAGCCUUAUGGCCAGAGCCCACAAGGACAGAGUUGAGACUAUGCAUAUUACUCUUCGACAAAGCUCUUGAACCUCAGACAAAAAAGGUGAACAGUAUCAACCUGAGACUGUCAACAAGCAAAAGAAAUAGUCAAAAGUUCCCCUUCAUGUAAGCCACCUAUGAAAAGGGUCUCUCCAACCCAUUCCCUACCUCCAAGGAUCAGCACGGGAGAUAUAUCGGGCAUCUCUGGCACCGGGCGUCCCAGUGUCGCAUCAGUGGUAAAACCAAAAAUAUAGGCUGCAAAGACUGUGGCACCGAAGACUUCCAAGGCCCAGGAACUAGACCAGGAUAUGGCACGGCUGGCACUGAACAAGACCUUGAUGCUGACAAAAUUGAGAACUAAAUCCGCUAAGCCCUUGCCUUGCACGCCAAGCCCAGAACCAGUGUCCUCACCACCAGCAAUUAUUCCCCCUCUAUUGGCACUGCACUCGGCACCACAGGCAACUUACUCGAGCUGCUGCCAUUCUUCCCCGUGCAGACAAGACUAUGACAUGCCAGUGCUGACUUUGGAGCUGUGAAAGCUCCGAGGCGCCUUUCCCACUCUCCUUUAUCUGCUUGGGAUUCUCCCUGUUAACCAGUCACCAGUGCUGUCUCACUACAGUGACUAUGAUGAUAAUCGCAGGAUUGUGAUCUCAUCUCAACAUUUCUUUCCCACCACAGCGCUCAUAUCUGUCAGACCAUGGCCAUGGUGUUCCCAUCAUUUGCCGGGGGUAUCUGGACUGGUCCUACAACCCUCAUUAUCCACCUCAUUGAGCUCCAUAUCAUCAGUGGGUGCCAGAAGGCAGCAUUUGACGUCCCUUUAACACUGGUCCAUAGGUCGAUACCUACCUCUCAUCAUUCCCCUCCUCCAAUGGAGGACCUAGAGCCUAAGGAGGGACAGAUUGCUGAGGAUGCUGAUACUGAACAACUGUAUGUUUUGCCAACCGAUAAAUUGUCUUCCUCACCUAACAAGGCGGUUAUCCUGGACAAUUCAUCUCCUACAGAUGACUUGAAACAAUUUCAGGACUUAUUCAAAAGGGUUGCGAUAAGUCAGGAGGUAGUUUUAUCAGAGGCGCAAGAGAAACAACAUAGCUUGUUAAAGAAUCACCAGCCAUGGGUGAAAUCUAAGAUCAUGCUUGCGAUUGAUGAAGCAGUCAUGGAAGGAGUGGAUGAGAUUUGGCAAACACCAGCCUCAGCCCCCCCCCCCGCAACCAACAAGAGAGCUGAUAAGAAAAUAUUUAGUCCCCUUGAAGGUCAUGGACUUAGUAUUUCUCCACCCUCAACCAGACUCGUUCGUGGUGGUAGAACAUAGGUCCAAUACCCAGCAAAACAAGACCACUAUCCAUGAUAAGGACCAUAAGCGAUUAAACUUGUUUGGUAGGAAAACAUAUUCCUCCUUGACACUACAGCUUCAGAUAGCCAAUUACACUGAACUACUGGCCAACCAUGAUUUUGAUAAUUAUGCUAACGUGACAAAAUAAUGCAAUGUCCUCCAGAUGAGAAACAGCCUAUUCUGAAAUCCAUACUACAAGAUAGUUACCACAUCCCUCAGAGCAUUGCAGAUGGUGCUUGAAUCUGCUGAUAUAGCUGCAAGAGCAGCAGUGACAUCCAUAGUGAUGAGACAGUCAUCGCAGGCAUUCUGAAAACUUCAAACCAAGGUUGAGGACCUCCUGUUUGAUAAGGACAAACUCUUUGCCAUAAAGA